AUGAGUCCCCCAAAUGGAGAAAAUCCAUACGAAACCUACGAUCUUGACUCGGGGUUAAAGCUGCUGCGCGAGUACAGCGGAAUUCCAGAUGAGGAUGUCAAGAACCAUGUUGAGUUGAUUAAAGAAAAAGCUAUGGAAGUGCGACAUUACCCCUGUAUUAGACGGUACCGUUUCCUGGAUCUGAUCAUGAUGAAUACAGAAGUUUAUCAAGAAGUUCUGGAGCGAGUGAAAAAUGGCGAGAAAUUUAUGGAUCUGGGCUGUUGCUUUGGCCAAGAGAUCCGUAAACUUGUCCAUGAUGGCGCACCUUCUGCCAACACAUAUGGCUCUGAUCUUUGGGGUGAAUACCUCUCUAUGGGCUAUGAGCUUUUCAAGGAUAAAGAUCGACUCCAGACUACAUUCAUAGCAGCGGAUAUCUUUGACAAUUCUUCGCCGCUUGCGAAGCUAUCCGGACAAAUGAACAUCAUUUAUGUGGGCGAUUUCUUUCACCUGUUCAAUCUUGAAGAACAAGAAGAAAUUGCUACAAGAAUCGUUCAUUUACUAGCUCCACAAUCGGGCUCAUUGGUUAUUGGAAGACAAUCAGGCGGUGAGACUGCGAUAGAAUAUUCGCGAGCUGGCGAUGUGAGUGGGAGAAAGCAAUUUCAGCACAACCCUCAGAGCUGGAAGGGGCUAUGGGACCGUGUUGGAGAUAAAACUGGAAGCAAGUGGUCAGCAGAUGUAGAACUCUGCCAAGAGUUCAAGUUCAACCCGUCUGUGACAGUCGAUACAUCAAGCGAAGUUCAACGGCUUAUAAACGCAAAGGGGUUGAGAUUUACUAUUAGGAGGCUCUAA